UUUCUGUAGCUGUUCCUGCGUCCUUGGUAAUGAUUGUGGUCGCUGUUGCUGUUUCUGUGGUAGGGUCCGUGGUAAUUGUAAUGGUAGCUGAAAUUGUGGCAGUCUCUGUGGUCACAAUAGCAUUAUUUGUUGUUGUGGCAUUGGUUGCUGUGGCGCGCUUAGUGUGUUUGAUCUCCUCUCUGGCACGCCUCUUGACCUUGUCGAUGUUCCUUUCGACCGAGCACAAAAAGAAAGAAAGAAAAAUAUAAUAUAAAACUUCAAUUAACCGUAGCACAGGUCUCUUGACAUUAAAGUCCAUGGAGUACAUACCAUAUAAUGGUCCUGACUGUAGAUUAAAAACAGACAUAUUAAUGGAGAGACGAGUAAUAAUGGCCAGGGAAAGAAAGACACCAAUGAGGUUAAUAAAAAUAAAACGAAAUUUUUGAAUAUUAUCGGGAUACUUGGAAAAAAAGGAAAAGACAAGCGAGAAAG